UAGGCAGUGGUCGUUAAACGGUUUUAAAAUGUGGAUGUUUUUCCCAAUGUUCUCGGCAUUUUUCAUUUAGAAAAUUGUACAAAUUUUUCAUUCAAACCACGUGCUGUAGAUAUUUUUUCAGUCAAUAUUUUAUAUGAAGAAAUUAUAAAAUUUUUGUGCUAUAUUUCCAACCAUUCCAAAAAACUUUACUAUGCAUUUUGAUUCUAACAGUAACAUUGCAAAAUAAUUUAAAACGCUUCACAGCGAGCUAGUAACUUCUGUGCGUAAAAUUUUACUAUAACAAAAUAAUUAAUUUCAGCAUUUUUUUCUUCAAAUUUAUCAGUUAAAACAAUUCGAUUGAAUCGGUUUACCGGUUUUAGAUGACUUUCGUAAUCGCACCCGAAAGUUAUCUAAACCUUGCUAGCACGAGCUGUCAAACUUGUUGCCAAAUACGAAACCCAACUGUUAUUCAAAGUUGUUUAAAAAAAAUCUAAGCGUCGUGUGGACACUGUUCCUUUUCUGUUUGUUUUACAAAAUUCCCAUUAGCUAUCCGUAAAAUGGCAAUCAACCCCGAGAAGGAAGAAUACGAGUUACAGCACUUUAAUUUCUCGUCUGAGGAACUAGUCGCGCAAAAUAUACAAAUGGUACAAUCGUUGCUUAACAAAUCGCUCACCGUCUUCACGGAGCAGUUGAUCCAGAAGCAAGAAAUACCAGAAGAGCCUGCGACACGAUUACGUGCAAGCUGUAACAAAACUACAAUCGCCAUAUACAACGAUUGUGCGCCUGCAAUGAACGAGCUGAACGCGUUGUUUCGGAAAACCUUUUCCAUACCGGACAAUGUGCUGCUACCAACGGAUCUGUUGCAAAUACGUGGCUACACCGAGGAACUAAUGCACAGUCUCGAGCAAGAGGUACAGAGCACAAAAGAUGCUGUACUGCAGGGUGCUGUCUUCUUGGCAUCGCUUGAAGCCGAAAUGGAAUUACACCGGGAGCUUGAAUCUUGUUACGAAGCGGAAGAGGAAAUCUUCGAGCAACUGGAAAAUUUCCAGGAGCAAGAUAUCGAUCCUGAAGAUGUGUCGGAUUUGGUCAAACGAUUAGGAAGUGCCGGCAUCAUUGUGAAUGGUUGCACAAAAGAGAGCAUAGAGCUUGAUAAUUUUUUAUUACAAAAAUAA